AUGUUCUCAAGGGCCAUCCGCCAGUCCAGCCGCCGGGCCGCCGCAAUCUCUGCCUCGAGCAGGAUUGCUUCGGCCCGCGCUCCCGCGUUCACCGCCGCCCGCGCCUACGCAUCCGAUGCUAAGGCCACACCCACCGAAGUCUCCUCCAUCCUGGAGCAGCGCAUUCGUGGUGUCCAGGAGGAGAACUCGCUCGCCGAGACCGGUCGUGUCCUCUCCGUCGGUGACGGUAUCGCCCGUGUCCACGGCAUGAACAACGUACAGGCUGAGGAGCUCGUCGAGUUCGCCUCCGGUGUCAAGGGCAUGUGCAUGAACCUCGAGGCCGGCCAAGUCGGUGUCGUGCUUUUCGGUUCUGACCGUCUCGUCAAGGAGGGCGAGUCCGUCAAGCGUACCGGAGAGAUUGUCGAUGUCCCCGUCGGCGAGGCUCUUCUCGGCCGUGUCGUCGAUGCCCUCGGUAACCCCAUUGACGGCAAGGGUCCCCUCAAGACCACAGAGCGCCGCCGUGCUCAGCUCAAGGCCCCCGGUAUCCUGCCCCGUCAGUCCGUCCGCGAGGCCGUCCAGACUGGUCUCAAGUCCGUCGACGCCAUGGUUCCCAUCGGCCGUGGUCAGCGUGAGUUGAUCAUUGGUGACCGUCAGACUGGUAAGACUGCCGUCGCUCUCGACGCUAUGCUUAACCAGGGACGUUGGAAUAAGGGAUCAGACGAGAAGAAGAAGCUCUACUGCAUCUACGUCGCCGUUGGUCAGAAGCGAUCCACCGUCGCCCAGCUCGUCAAGACUCUUGAGGAGAAUGAUGCGAUGAAGUACACCACCAUCGUUGCCGCCACUGCUUCCGAGGCCCCCUUGCAAUAUCUGGCACCCUUCACCGGCUGCUCUAUGGGAGAGUGGUUCCGUGACAACGGCAAGCACGCCUUGAUCAUCUACGACGAUCUGACAAAGCAGGCCGUUGCCUACCGUCAGAUGUCGCUGCUUCUCCGUCGUCCCCCUGGUCGUGAGGCCUACCCCGGUGACGUCUUCUACCUCCACUCUCGUCUCCUCGAGCGUGCCGCUAAGAUGAACGACCGCCUCGGUGGUGGUUCCCUCACUGCCCUGCCCAUCAUUGAGACCCAGGGUGGUGACGUUUCCGCUUACAUUCCUACUAACGUCAUUUCCAUCACUGACGGCCAGAUCUUCUUGGAGGCUGAGCUGUUCUACAAGGGUAUCCGCCCCGCCAUCAACGUCGGUCUUUCCGUCUCCCGUGUUGGUUCCGCUGCCCAGGUCAAGGCCAUGAAGCAGGUCGCUGGUUCCCUGAAGCUCUUCUUGGCCCAGUACCGUGAGGUCGCCGCCUUCGCCCAGUUCGGUUCCGACUUGGAUGCCGCCACCAAGCAGACCCUCGCACGUGGUGAGCGUCUGACUGAGCUCCUCAAGCAGAAGCAGUACAGCCCCAUGGCCGUCAACGAGAUGGUUCCUCUGAUCUACGCUGGUGUCAACGGUAUACUUGACAAGGUGCCCGUCAACAAGAUCCUGCAGUGGGAGGCCGACUUCCUUGCUCACCUUAAGAGCAACGAGUCUGACCUGCUCGCCACUAUCGAGCGGGAAGGUGCUCUCAGCAAGGACCUCGAGUCCAAGCUGAAGGAGAUUGCCACGAGCUUCACCAAGAGCUUCACGGCAUAG